UAUAACCCAUUUUUAUUAUAUACAAGAGUCGCGUAAAAAUCUUAGCAAAAUAACUUAUGUGGUUUCGUUUUAUAUUACCAAUUCUUGUGUUAAUAAUUGUUGCUAUCUCAAUAUUAUUUAUUACCUUAAAAUCCACUGCAAAUUAUCGUUUAAAUAAAAAUGUAAAGCCUCUUAAAUACGACAUACAAAUUCAACCUUAUUUACUAUCAACAGAUGGUCCCAAACUAUUUACAUUUGAAGGCGAAGUGAAUAUAACUUUACAGGCCACAAAGGAUCUGAUUAAACAAUUUUCUGUGCACACAAAUGAAAUUAAUAUUAAAUCUAUAAGAUUAUAUGACAAAUUCCAAAAUGAAAUUCAAAAUUUUAAAGACAAAGAAAUGAUUUACAAUUCCUUAAAUAAACAAUUGCACUUAAAUUUGUUGGAGCCUCUGCAGUGGGAUAGAAAUUACACUCUAUAUAUCAAAUACUCGGGAGGCAUACGUAAUGAUUCCUAUGGACUUUUUAGAUUUUCUUAUGAUAAUCUGAGCUGUCAGGCUUUAACAUUAUUCCAGCCCCUUGGAGCUCGUUUGGUGUUGCCAUGUUUUGAUGAGCCCGAAUUUAAAGCGAAAUUUGGCAUGAGUAUCAUACGACCUCGAAACUACAAAAGCUAUUUUAAUACUAAAUUGUUAAGAACAGUAAGGAAAGGCAUUGAUUAUGAAAUGGAUUUAUUUGAUUAUACCCCUUUAAUGUCUUCCUAUUUGUUGGCCUUUAUGAUCACUAAUUAUAUAUCCUAUGGUGAUAAUGAGAUACAAAUGAUUACUGCAACUGAGCUGAUCAAUGAAACCUACUUCUCUUAUAAGGUGGCUAAGAGGUCAAUACAAUUUUAUAAUAAAUAUUUCGCAGUACAAUAUAAGCAGCUGGGCAAUUCCUUAAUGCAAAUAUCAUUUACAAAUAAAUAUAAGUAUUUAGCCUUGGAAAACUGGGGUCUUAUAGUGUUUCGGGAUUCUAUAAUUCUACAAGUUCCUGAUUAUACAGAUGGCUGGAUUGACAAGCAAAAAUGUAUUGGCACCAUAAUACAUGAAAUGGCGCAUAUGUGGUUUGGCAAUAGCGUAACACUUAAAUGGUGGAGCUAUUUUUGGUUAAACGAAGCAUUUGCUCGUUACUAUGAAAUUGUUAUAGCAGAUCUAUUAUAUCCCUCUUAUGAAUUUGAACAACAAUUUGUCGUAAAUAAAUUGCAUUCGAUACUUGAUAUUGAUGCUACAUCCGAUAGUCUACCUAUGACCAGUAAUGAAGAGAGUGUAAAUACUCCAUCUGAAAUUGCCUCGAAAUUAAAUCGUAUCACUUACGAUAAAGGAGCUUCCGUAUUACGCAUGUUUAGUAAUGCAAUGGGCAGAGAUAAUUUCAAUAUGGCCAUGAGAGAUUAUCUUAAAGAGAAUCACCUAAAAAAUACUAUACCCAAAGAUGUAUUCAAAUAUUUAAGACGCUAUUGGCCCAAAACCCACAAGGUAAAUUUGGAAAUAUUCUUUCAAGAUUGGACACAACAAUCCGGUUAUCCUAUGCUUAUAAUAUCCACAACUAACCAAGGUGAAUAUCUCUUAAAACAACAACGUUUUCUAAAAAAUAACAGAAAUCUAAAGCAUUCAUCUUUAACCUACACCAUACCAAUAACCUAUGCUACUGAUAAGGAAAAGAAUUUUGAAAAUUUAACACCUAAAUUCUAUUUUAAUAAAACUGUUUCACAACUAAAAUUUGGCAAUGUAAACCAAAACAAAUGGUUGAUAUUAAAUCUACAACAAUCAAAUUAUUGCAGAGUCUUCUAUUCUUCCCUAUUGUUGGAAAAACUGCGUGAAGCUCUCAUGGCUCACAAUCACUCGGAUAUACAUGUAAUUAAUCGAGCCAGUUUGAUCGAUGAUCUUUUCUCGUUUGCCAAUAUAGGCCUAGUGAGUUAUAAUAAAGUCUUUUACUUUAUGGAAUAUUUAGCUAAAGAAACUGAAUAUUUACCUUGGAGAGCAGCAUUUAAAGGAUUUAAUAGUAUCUGUAAAAGAUUUAGUGCUGAGCAGCAUAAACAUUUUACUGUAUUUUUAUUUAAACUUCUCGAUCUUGUUUAUGGAAAACUGGGUUUUGAGAGUAACAAUGAUUCAGUUUUGGAUGUCUAUAAACGCAAUCACAUUAUACAAUGGCUUUGUAAAUACCAUCACCAUGAUUGUAACAUCAAAGCCCAAUAUAUAUUUCGCUUACAUUUAUUGGCAAAUACCAAACCUAAUCCUGAUUUUAGAGAAACUUUAUAUUGUGCUGCCUGCCGCAAAGGUAACUCUGAGAUUUAUGAAAAUCUAACCCGAAUGUUCCUGAAUUAUAGUUUAAUUAGUGAAAAAGAAAAGGUUUUGCAAGCCAUGGCUUGCUCUCAGCACAAUGUUAAAAUGUUCUAUAAAUUUCUAUUGUCAAAUAAUGUUGCUUUAAACUUGAAGAUCAUUGGCUUGAGAGGUUUGUUUAGCCAAAAUUUUGAAAAUAUUUUGCCUGUAUUUCAACUAAUGAUUGAAAAUAUUGAACAGUUAGCAAAGGCUUUACAGGAAUGGAGAGUGGCAGCUUCAGUUAUUUGUGACAUUUCCAGUUAUUUAACUACUAAAGAUCAAUUGUCUAUGUUAAAGGAUUUUGUUAAAUACAAAGGAAGUUUGUUUGGUAAAUCUCUCAAAAUUUUAAAGCAAUGUAUUAUAACUGCCGAAAAGAAUUUAAACUGGUCCAAUAAAUAUUUGUUAGAACUAUUCACUUAA